AAUAGUAAUCUUGACCCCAGUGUUAAUUGUUGAAAGACAUAUGGAUUGUGGCAAUAGGGCUGCUAGUGCUUAGUACAAAGGAAAGUGAGGAGAAAUAUCCUCGUUUUCGUUUCCGUUUUGCUCUUGACAUCCUCUCUCACCCAAAAUCCUAAACAUAAAACCUCUUUAUUGCUUUCCCUAUAUGAUCUAAGUAAGCAUUAGCCACCAACAGUGAGUGCUUCAAUCAUGGCAUUCAACUCUUCACCUUUCAUCACUUGCAAGAAAGACUUGGGUUUCUUUGCUUUUCCUUCACCAUCCUCCAUAAUUGGGAAGAGACAGAAAUGCAAGAAAACAUCAUCAAAUAAGAUUGUUUCUGUUGUGUCAUCCCCCAAGAACAAACGCAGCCCUUCUGCAACUGGCUCAACCAAAAUUCCGAUGACUGCGACAGAGAAGAUUCUGGCAAGAGCUGCCGAGAAAUGUGAGGUGAGGCCAGGGGAGAACGCUUGGGCAAAUGUUGAUGUUUUGAUGAUCAAUGAUAUCACUUGUCCAGGUAUUUCUGGAAUCUUCAAGAAAGAGUUUGGCAACACUGCAAAGGUUUGGGACCGUGAAAAGAUUGUGGUUAUCCCUGAUCAUUACAUAUUCACAAAUGAUGAACGCGCACACCGCAAUGUGGAUAUUGCUAGAGAUUUUUGUGUUGAGCAAGAUAUCAAGUACUUUUAUGAUAUUCAAGAUCGCAGUAACUUCAGGGCUAAUCCAGAUUAUAAAGGUGUUUGUCACGUUGCUCUAGCACAGGAAGGUCAUUGCAGACCUGGAGAGGUCUUGUUUGGUACUGAUUCUCACACCACAUCAGCUGGAGCAUUUGGCCAGUUUGCCACAGGAGUUGGUAACACUGAUGCAGCUUUUGUAUUAGGGACAGGGAAGAUCUUACUCAAGGUGCCUCCAACAUUAAGAUUUGUACUGGAUGGUGAAAAGCCCAGCUAUUUGCUUGCGAAGGAUCUAAUUUUAAAUAUCAUUGGUGAAAUAUCUGUGUCUGGUGCAACAUAUAAAACGAUGGAGUUUGUUGGGACAACAAUUGAAAGUUUAAGUAUGGAAGAAAGGAUGACACUGUGCAACAUGGUUAUAGAAGCUGGAGGGAAAAACGGUAUUGUUGCUGCUGAUAGAAUCACAUACAAAUACCUUGAGGAUAAGACGUCUGCACCAUAUGAGCCAGUUUCUAGUGAUGAGAAUGCAAGGUUUCUAGCCCAAUAUAGAUUUGAUGUAUCAAAUAUGGAACCAUUGGUUGCAAAGCCACAUUCCCCCGAUAAUCGUGCUUUGGCAAGAGAAUGCAACAAUGUGAAAAUUGACAGAGUAUACAUUGGAUCCUGCACUGGUGGGAAGACUGAAGAUUUUAUGGCUGCAGCAAAAGUUUUCUUAGCGGGGGGAAAAACCGUCAAAGUUCCUACUUUUCUUGUUCCUGCUACACAAAAGGUUUGGAUGGACUUAUACACACUUGAGGUACCUGACUCAGGUGGCAAGACUUGUUCGAUGAUUUUUGAAGAAGCUGGCUGUGAUCCUCCUGCUAGUCCUAGUUGUGCUGCAUGUAUGGGUGGUCCAAGAGACACAUAUGGACGUUUAAAUGAACCCCAGGUCUGUGUCUCAACAACAAAUCGAAAUUUCCCUGGUCGGAUGGGGCACAUGGAAGGCCAGAUAUAUCUUGCUUCCCCCUAUACUGCUGCAGCAUCUGCACUAACUGGUUUCGUAACUGAUCCCAGGGAGUUCUUGUAGAUCAGCUAAAAUGGGUAGAAAGCAGUUUCUACCUAAUUGGAAAAAUAAUAAAAUAAAAAAAAGCUCAAAGAACUUUUAUGCCAGAACCAGAAUUAUGUAUUUUAAAGUCAAGUAGUUAGCUUGUAAGCGUAGAGCAUGUUAUUAGUGUGUUACAACUUGGCAGCAAUCCACAUAAUUUUUACAAUUACAACUAUUGGAAAGUUAAGAUAAGACUACAA